AAGAGAGAUACACUAAUGGAGUCUAUAGGAGAGAAGAUGUCCGCGCGAACCAACUUCACCAACAAAGUAAUGGUGGUUCUUCACAGAUUAGAAGAUGUCAGCCAUCCUCAUCGUCCCGAGCAGCAGGAGUCUGCAUGCAUCAAGGAAGAGGAGGAGGAAGAGUUCAUACAUAUUAAAGGUUUCAGAAAACAUCUUGGUGCUGAGCCAGAAUCAUCUGACAUUAAAGAGGACAUUGAGCUCCCCCAAAUCAAAGAGGAGGAGCCAGAGCCCUGUCAACAGAAGCGACUUCCAAUUAAAAAGGAGGAGGAAGAGCGGUCAUACAUUAAAGAGGAGGAAGGUAUCACCUGGUGGACUGGUGAGCCCUUGAAGAACGAAGAGGCCAGCAGAGGGGCGGAGCCUCCAAGCAGCAGCAGCUCUACAAAAGGAUUGAAAGAAGACAUUUUCAUCGCUCUUUCAGACAGAAAUGAUGCCACGUCACACUCACCUUACAAUGAUGACUGUCAUAAGAAAUUUCACAGUGGUGAAAAACCUUUUUCCUGCUCAGUUUGUGGUCAAGGAUUCCGUUGCAAGGCCAACUUAAAAGUACACACAAGAACCCACACUGGAGAAAAACCUUUUUCCUGCUCAGUUUGUGGUCGAGGAUGCACUUACAAGUACACUUUAAAAAUACAUGAAAGAACCCACACUGGAGAAAAACCUUUUUCCUGCUCAGUUUGUGGGCAAGGAUUCACUCAAAAGCAUAACUUGAAAGUACACCAAGUAAUCCACACUGGAGAAAAACCUUUUUCCUGCUCGGUUUGUGGUCAAGGAUUCCGUUGCAAAGCCGACUUAAAAGUACACACAAGAAACCAUACCGGAGAAAAACCUUUCUCCUGCUCAGUUUGUGGUCAAGGCUUCACUCACAAGUACACCUUAAAAAUACACGAAAGAACCCACACCGGAGAAAAACCUUUUUUAUGCUCAGUUUGUGGUCAAGGAUUCAGUUGCAAGACCAGCUUAAAAGUACACACAAGAACCCACACUGGAGAAAAACCUUUUUCCUGCUCAGUUUGUGGUCAAGGAUUCAGAUGCAAGACUAGCUUAAAAGUACACACUAGAAUUCACACCGGAGAAAACCCUUUUCCUUGCUCAGUUUGUGGUCAAGGAUUCAGAUUCAAGACCAACUUAAAGGUACACGAACGAACCCACACCGGAGAAAAACCUUUUUUCUGCUCAGUUUGUUGUGAAAGAUUCACUGUCAAGGGAAACUUAAAAAGACACGAAAGAACCCACACUGGAGAAAAACCUUUUUCCUGCUCAAUUUGUUGUAAAGGAUUCACUGUCAAGGAAAAUUUAAAAAGACAUGAAAGAACCCACACCGGAGAAAAACCUUUUUCCUGCUCAGUUUGUUGUAAAAGAUUCACUGCCAAGGAAAAAUUAAAAAGACACGAAAGAACCCACACCUGAGAAAAACCUGCUCAAUAUGUGGUCAAGGAUUCACUCUGAAGGAUCGGAUGAAGAGACACGUGUGUGUUUGUGCAAGAAGCAGUGGCCAAUGAUUGUUUUGCCUGUCAUUCAUGCUAGCUUCGUCGGAUUUUGCACGCAGGACGAGUGUAUCCUGUAAGAGCUCCCUCAAAACCGUUAUCCAAUCUUAUGAUGUGAAUCCACACUAUUGCAUUGAAUAAUGUAAUUAAACAAACAUGGAACAUUAUUAUACAUUGUUCAAUAUUGCAAAAAAAUACUGGCUCACAAAAUAGUUUUUUUGUGGAGGGAUUUAUGUAUACUGUAUAUAAUUCUUAAAAAUAGUAUUACUAAUCGUGAUUGACAGUGACAUAUCAUGACGGAAUAUUCGGGCCAGAUAAAGAAAAAUUUCCAAACCCGGACGUUUGAAGUAACUUCCUGAAGGGAACAGAAGACACGGCAGACUUUAUCCACAGCGAGCAUAGCAGCAGCAGCAGCGAUAUCGGUGCUAUUUCCACCGAAAGUAGCCAUUCAGGAUCGCUCUUUCGUGACUCAUACGAUGGCAUAUUAGGUUAUGGGACAGCUCCCACGUAUCUAAAUAUGGUAAAGCUUGCCCAGAUCUAGCUAAAUAAAUCUGUUAUUAUUAGUGCUGUCAAAUUUAUCGCGUUAAAAUAUUUGGCGGAAUGACCCGCUCAUGCAUUGCCUCAAACAGAUUAUAAUGAUGCCGUUUUUUGCACAUUGAGAGCGAAGAGGCAGAGAUCGGCGAGUGGACACAGGCGUUCAUUGGACCGUGCCGUUUAUUGGCAUAAGCUUCGGCAACGCCUUCACAACAAACACAAGAAUUAUUCAGUGAAAGCACAACAAAAAUAAUGUUCCUAUCUCUCAAAAAAAAUAUUGACAAAAAGAAAAGCGCUUCAAUCUGUAUUAUUGAGGCCCUAUUCUCACACGGUUAAACAACAAUGCAAAGAAAACUGGCAUUCCCAAUCAAAAUAGCUAUGCAAAAUACACAUAAAACUUACUCAGACUUUGGUCAAACUAUUUAAACAUUUCGUUUAACUCAACAAAUACACUGGAUGGCAAUAUUUAGUCACAAUAUACAAACUAUCAGCGGUCUCGUACGUUGUGAAGCCAGCACUCAAAUGACCGUGAAGUACAAAGGAAUGGAUGGACCCAGUAAAGAGGGAACUACGCUGUCAGUCGAGGAACAACACACACUCAUUGGCUUGAUUUCUAAGUGAUUUAAAACUUGCCAUUGACACCUUGUGGUAUAUUUCAGUCACUACCUUACAUAGUCAAAGACACUGUGGAAGAACGGCAGGGAGCCCAUGUGACGCCACUACUUGGCGACGUCAACAAUGGCGAGCAAAUAGUUUAUUUUUUGAUUGAAAAUUUUACAAAUUUUAUUUAAACGAAAACAUUAAGAGGGGUUUUAAUAUAAAAUUACUAUAACUUGUACUAACAAUUAUCUUUUAAGAACUAUAAGUCUUUCUAUCCGUGGAUCCUUUUAACAGAAAGAAUGUUAAUCAUGUUAAUGCCAUCUUGUGGAUUUAUCGUUAUAAUAAACAAAUACAGUAAUUAUGUACAGUAUGCUGAAUGUAUAUAUCCGUCUUGUGUCUUAUCUUUCCAUUCCAACAAUAAUUUACAGGAAAAAUGACAUUUUAGAGAUGGUUUGAAUUGCAAUUAAUUAUGAUUAAUUAAUUUUUAUGCUGUGAUUAACUUGAUUAAAAAAUUUUAAUCAUUUGACAACUCUAGUUAUUAUAAAACCAUAAAUUGUAAGCAACAUUGUCAUAUUUUGAUGACUGUUUAAUUUAUUCUUUUGGUAUGUAAGAUAUUAUAAUUAUAUUACAUUCUGAAACAAUACUUAAUAGCCCACAAUAAUAAUGAUUAUGACAAUGAUUACAGAUUUAUGUUGACCAAAAUCUGGAUAAAACUGAAUUUACAGCAUCAGCUUUCACUGUCAAAUUGUGACAACACAGAAAGCUAAGCUAUACCAAGCAAACAAUGGCACACAUCAAAGAACAUAAAUUUAGUAACCUGGCACACAGUUUGGAUAGCAACAGAUGAGCGUAACUUUGAAAAAUGAUCAUCGCUAAUGGCUGAGAGGCAGUUUAGAGUGGAAAAAAUAUAUUUACUCCUUUUUCUGUAGCACUGAGUGUCUUUGCACAAAGUUAAUCAUAAUUAUCAAAAUACAAAGGUAACUAGUGUUGGUGUUGGCUCUCGACCUCGUACUCACAACGCUGUGCAUUCGUUUUCUGUUCUGGAGGCUUUAAUAAAAAGUUGAGACAAACACUUUUAAGUUUUAGGGUGGAGUCAAAAAAUAAAAGCUUUGAUGAAUGCGGCACACACAUUUCAGAAUCUGACUCCAGUAUAUACCUCACAUUUUACAAUCUAGUAGGUUACUUUAGUCAUUCAAACCAUAACUCAACAAGGAAGAGUUCUGGGGGUUGUCUGUGACUUCCCCUUAUUUGAUUAUCAAAGACAUGAGUAGACUAAGGGGGGGAUCGUGUUACACCUCUGUGGUCUUCAAAGAUAACUGUGCUUACUUUUAUGACACCAAAUGGUACAUGUUACAACUAACCAGAAUGUGAAUGCAUGAUUGCUUUGACUAAGAAUAAAAGGCUACAUAAUCCAUUCAUUCAUUCAUUUUCCAAGCUGCUUUCCUCACGAGGGUCGCGGAGGUGCUGGAGCCUAUCCCAGCUAAAUACGGUCAGGAGGCAGAGUACACCCUGAAUUGGUUGACAGCCAAUCGCAGGGCAAUAAUUCAUACAAGUAAACAUAGA